GGAAAUAGCCGCAUCCGAUGCCCACUAGCAGCCGUCCAAUCCUGGUUUCCCGCCCACGCUUCCGCAACCUCUGACCUCAGCAUCCAAAAAGCCCGCCGUCCACCACCAAACGGGACCGUUUUUGCCCGCCGAUUGCCGGAAGCCUCGAGUGCUCGCGAGGGACAUCUCAAUUGGGUGGACAAUGGCCGCCAGAGUGCUGCUGCAGCGGCGCGUUGCGCCGUUGGCGGCUGCCGCCCUCGUAGGGAGUGUCGGCUUUUCCCCCCGAACCGCGCACGCCGAAGCCCCCAGCGAGCGCCGAUAUUCCAGAAAACCCAUCUACGACGACGACUUCGACAUCCCGCCCGUAGCGAAGCCUGCGCCCGCACCAGCAGCCCACCCCACCUCACCCGCUCCGUCAGAACAAGCCGUUGACGCCGCCGCCGGCAACACUUCCCCGGCAGCGCCUCCCGCGCAGCUGCAGUCCGUCUUGGAACCCGACGUCACAACCGUGGUCCGCACCCGUGCGCCCACCCCGACGGACCGGCUGGCCGCGCAGAUCCGCCGCGCCCGCCUCUUUCUCUACGCGCAGGCCUGCGUGGCCGAGGACGCCGUCAACGGCGCCAUGGCGCGGGCCUUUGCGCUCGAGCGGUCCUUCACGUCGACCAUCGCCUCGCUGGCGCCCCCCCGCGAGUCGGGCGAGAAGCUGAUGCCGGGCCUGAUCUACGUCCUGGUGGCCGGCAUGGCCGGCAGCAUCGUGGCGCGCAACCGCAACAUCCUCCUGCGUGGCGCCACCCCGCUCGCCUUCGGCCUCGGCGCCGCAUGGACCGUCAUCCCCGUCACCAUGGGCAACGUCAGCGGGCUCGUCUGGGAGUACGAGAAGCGGGUGCCCGCGGUGGCGCAUGCCCAUAUUCGCGUCCGCGAGGGCAUCGAGAACGGUGUGUACAUGGCACGCCUGCAUGCCGAGCUGGCGCAGAACAAGGUGCACGAGGGUGUCAGGGGCGCGAGGGAGGCGUUGGAGGAGUGGGUGAGAAAGGGGAAAUGAGGACGCCCCUGUAGUGGAAGGAGGGGGGUAUUAACGAACGGAGGGAGAUAUUGAAAAAAAGACAAAAAACCAAAAAGGAAGAGAAAGAGGAAGGCGGGGCUUGGGGAACCCCGAGUGUAGAAAGUUUGCUGAUUAGGGCGGCAAGGCGAGCGGCAAGGCGAGCGGCACGUCCCUCUCUGCUUGUAUCAUAGGGGUAGAGACUCCGGUCAGAUAGACGAAUUUUUUUUUUUCUGCUUUGCGUGAAGAA